AUGGCAGGGUCCCUGCUCCUGCCCCUGCAGAUCCUCCCGCUGUGCUUAGCCCUGGGAACUGCUGCACAAGACCAGGGCGACAAGAGCGGGGAGAAGAUUAUUGGCGGUGUCCCAUGUCCAAGAGGCUCCCACCCAUGGCAGGUGGCCCUGCUCAGUGGCAGCCAGCUCCACUGCGGCGGCGUGCUGGUCAACGAGCGGUGGGUGCUCACAGCCGCUCACUGCAAGAUGAAUGAGUACGUCGUGCACCUGGGUGGUGACAAGCUGCACGACAGCAAAUCCCAGAAGAUCAAGGCCUCAAGGUCGUUCCGCCACCCUGGCUACUCCACGCAGACUCACGUUAAUGACCUCAUGCUUGUGAAGCUCAAUAGCCGGGCCAGGCUAUCAUCGAGUGUGAAAAAAGUCAACCUGCCCUCCCAGUGCGAGCCCCCUGGGACCAUGUGUACCGUCUCUGGCUGGGGCACUACCACAAGCCCCGAUGUGACCUUUCCCUCGGAGCUCAUGUGCACGGAUGUCAAGCUCAUCUCCUCCAAGGACUGCAAGAAGGUUUACAAGGACUUGCUGGGCAAUUCCAUGCUGUGUGCUGGCAUCCCCAACUCCAAGACCAACGCCUGCAAUGGUGACUCAGGGGGACCGUUGAUGUGCAAAGGUACCCUGCAAGGCCUGGUGUCCUGGGGAACUUUCCCUUGUGGCCAACCCAAUGACCCAGGUGUCUACACUCAAGUCUGCAAGUACACCAAGUGGAUAAACGAGACCAUGAGAAAGCAUCGCUAA